AUGAUAUACUAUUUCAUUUUCUUGUUAUACUUAACUUUGGUUCAACCGAGUCACUUCAAUGGCGGUACAAUAACAUGGAAACCAGUAGAUCCACAAACAAACUCGAGUUCGGUCAUAAUAACUAUUGAUCAAUCGUAUUGGUGGGCAUAUCCGACAAUCAAAUGCACACAAAAUGUGCCAAUUUCAACUGCUGGUCGAUCAAAUCAAGGUUCGAAUCUAACCUGUUUAGCUGAUUGUUCAACAGACGGAGGUUAUUCGAGCAAUAUAAUGAGUACUCUUACAGACUGCGUUUCUGUGAGCUCGUCGAUGGGUAUGCUCACCAGUGAACGCGCCCAAAAUAUCACUUUGUCUGCUGACGCACAUUUCUAUCUAGCAUAUCGUGGCAGUGCUUGGACAGAAAUCGGUAACCCAGCGACUAAAAACUUGCAAUGGUCAAUUAGUACUUUUAUUGACCUUCGCAGACGACCAGACGGUAUUAUAAAUACACCACCAGUUGCUGAACUUAUAUCUCCACAAUAUAUUAUUGUGAACAGAACGAGUAAUAUUCAAAUACCCGUAUCGGAUGCCAAUCAAGGUGAUGAUGUACGUUGUCGUUGGGCAAAAUACACUUCCGGAUAUCGUAGACGAAGAGAGGUCUAUCCGGACUUAUCUGAUGAUGAAACUCCCAUGACUACACGAUGUUAUGGUACCACUUGUGGUGGAAUAGGAUGUUCAGCGCUAAGUGGGUGUCAUGCUGGGUCAACAACUAUUGAUACUCCAGGAACACUCAAAACCACUUCAAGUUAUCCCGUACGCCAAUCCAUUGAUGAAUGUGGUGAUAUAUGCUAUAGCAGUACCGUUCCUGCUGGCACUACACUGUCUAAUUGCACCAUAUCGAUCCAAAGUUCGUCAGUUGGUACUUGGUAUGCAGCCGCUAUUCAAGUUGAAGAUUUCAUCAACACAUCCAGUACUAUUGCGAUGAGUUCAAUACCAGUGCAAUUUCUUAUAUACGUCAUGCCAGAGCCAACUUGCCAAUAUCCACCGAUUAUUCAACCUCUCACAGGUUGUUUGGAAGUGGCAGUUAGUGUUACCAAAGCUUUUAAUUUGACUAUAAUUAAUCAAUGUGACCCGUCCACCAUCGAUAUUGCUGACCUUAUAUUUUCAAAAGAGAUUGACGGUAUAACAAAAGAUAAUUUGACCACUUCAUCAAAUAAUGCAUCAGUGAGUUACGUACAAUUUACAUGGACGCCACAACCAAAUCAAAUUGGUGAACAGCAGUUAUGUGCUAUUGCUUACACCGUAGAACGGCUUCAAUCAGAAACAUAUUGUGUAACAUUUUCGGUGAUAUCUUCACCAUUGUUAGUUUGUGUUACAACAACUACCACAUCAACAUCCACUACAUCAACUACUUCCACUACAACAACAACCACAACAACAACAGCUACAACAACAUCGACAACAUCUACCACUUCAACAACAAGUUCCACAAGUUCAACAUCAAGUACAACAUCAACUUCUGCUACGACCACAACAACAACAGUCGCAACAACAAUAGCGGAUGACAGCAAACGUGUAAGUUGGGGGUUAAUUGCUGGAAUAGCGUCUAUCUCUUUACCAUUGGCAUUAUGCACUGGCUGCUGUUUGUAUCGAUUGAUAUGGAGUCCUUCUGCAAAACGUCGUCGACCAGAACAAGAAGAAAGCGAUGAAUGGCAAUACAGGCAUCUAGUGUCUCGAUCCGAUAGUAUGGGACAAGCAUCGUCACAGAACAAUUCAGAUCCCACAAUACGAAGACCGAGUAAAAGCUAUCAAAUAUACACUGUAUCUUCCACCGAAGAAAGUGUCGUUAGAAACCGCUCGGCUCAUGAAAAUGAAUCAAGUUUACUUGUACGACUUUACAAUGAUACACAGAAAAACUUGCUAGGUACUGAGCAACAUGACUCGGUCGCAAGCAAUUCAAAGAUGAAUGUACUCGAAUUACAACCACCCGGUCAAAGUUGUCAGACUGAUCGACCUUUUUCCACUGGAAGUAGAUCCACAACGUCUUUGGUAUUAUCCAAUCAAUCCGACCGUAGUAAUUCUUCGUGCACACUUUUUAGCCACCUUCGCAGUGUUGAACCAUUACGCUAUCCGAGUAGUCCUGAGUCCACUUCUGAUCAGCUUUCUCAAAAACAACACAUGGAUCUAAAACGUAACACCAUGACUACCACUGUUUAA